GGAAUGACGUAGAGUUGGAAUGACGUGAGCUAGAAAUGCCGAGUUGCAGCGUGUUUUUGUGUAAAAAGAGAUCAACAACAUCUAGUUUAGAAAAGGAUAACGUUACUUUUCAUUUAUUUCCAAAAAUACCAAUGAUUCGGGAUGUCUGGAUGAAAGCUUGUGCAAAUCAUGUCUCAUGGACUCCUAAACGUACUAGCACAAUUUGCUCACAGCAUUUUGAACCCUCCUGUUUUAUAACACAAGCUCAUAACAAAAGGAAAUUGAAAGAGUGUGCCGUGCCAACUUUGAAAUUGCCAAAGGUUGAACGUUGUGAAGAAUCUAGACCAGGAACGUCUACACUUAUUAAGAUUGAAACAUGCGAAGAUUCUCUAUCGCCUAAAACUCAAGAAUACAUAAUUAUUAAAGAUCAGCCCCAUAUGUCACAGUCAGAAAAUCACAACCUACAUUUAUGUGACACACCGAAAACGAUAAAGUUAAGAAAGAUUAUACUGAUGAAAAAUAAAAAAAUAAAAAGACUUCAAUCACAAAUUAGAUAUUUAAAGAAAAAAGUUGACGAAAUGCAAGAAGUAUUUAAUGAGUUGUCUGAAAAAUCGUUAAUUAAUAAAGAAAAUUGUCUAGUUCAAGGCAAAAAUGGCGUUGAGGAAAAAGAGGAAAGUAUACCAAUAUUAGAAUAAAUAACUUCUAUAAUAAUACUGGAUAUAAUAUAUUUGCAAACGUAAAGGCUGCAAUAACUGUAACGCUGUAUUUCCAAAUAAA